GGUGAUGUGUUACACGAGCAGAUGCCAUUUAACGAGGAGAAUGUUUGCUGGAGAUUUAGAUUAGAACCAACCAGUGAAUCAUUGGGUCUGUGACACUUCCUUAACUUUAACCACUUUUCAAGCUGAGAGUCCGUAACAGUUUAGUAAAAACUCUACCUGAAUUCAUGGUUGACACCAAGCACAAGAUUUCAUUCUCUGCUUCAUAGUCUAAGUUGUCCCUCCUAUGUUUACUUGUCUAUAUAAACUUGUGAAACAUAGUAAUAGAGGUGUCAAACUCUAUAUUUGAUUGUCCUGAUCCAGCCUGUCUGUAAGAAAAGAAACUAUAGAGAGAGAAAGGAUGGAGAGUGGUAGAUAUUUGAGCUGGAAGAACACUUCUAUGGGACUUAAUGGGUUAGAGAAUGUAAAGGAGGAUGAAGAGCUGGACAUACAGGUAUUAUCAUCAAUCCCUCCACCCCAGACACCCAAAGAGCCCAUGGAGUUCUUGUCAAGAUCAUGGAGCAUCUCUGCUUCUGAAAUCUCAAAAGCUCUGGCUCACAAACAGGAAUGUCGUUUUCUCGACAAGAAUCCAUAUACAGUCUCAAUUCCGGAGACCAUUAUGGAGUCACAUUAUAUGUGGGGAAUAGUUAAUCCAGUUAACGGUCGGCGAAUACCACUGGUUGGAAAAUGGUUUCAUAGCAUGGAGUCCAACACUAACAAGAAGAAAGAGAAGGCCAGGAUAGAAAAUGCUCGUAUCCAUGCUGCCCUUUCUGUGGCAGGAGUUGCUGCAGCCUUAGCUGCUGUGGCUGCAGCAGAAAACUCCAAUGGUAAAAGCUCAAAGGUGACUGCAGCUGUGGCAUCAGCUACAGAGCUCUUAGCAUCACACUGCAUCGAGAUUGCUGAAUUGACAGGAGCUGAUCAUGAUCGGGUGGCGUCUGUCAUCAGAUCAGCAGUGGAUGUUAGAACUCCGGGUGAUCUAAUGACCCUCACAGCUGCUGCUGCCACAGCCUUGCGCGGAGCUGCUGCCUUGAAAACAAGAGUUUCCAAGGAAGUGAGGAAUCAUGCAGCAAUAAGUCCUCAUGACAGAGGUGCUAGUCCAACCUGUUCUUCUACUGCUUGUCAGAAUGAAAUGGAGAUCCAGAAUUCUCCCUGCAAAGGUGAACUUCUUCAACAAACAAGAAAAGGUGUGCUGCGCUGGAUGCAAGUCACCAUCUACCUCAACAAGAACUCGCAGGUCAUGGCUAAACUCAAAAGCAAACAUGUUGGAGGAGCCUUUUGUAAGAGGGAUAAAUGUACUGUUUACAGUGUUUGUGAUGAGAUUUCAGCUUGGCCAACAAUGAAAGAAAAGGAGGGUGUAGAAGGAGACUGCUUUGGAUUGAGAACUGCACAGGGUCUUCUAGAGUUCAGGUGCAAGAGCAAGGUCCAAAAACAGAAAUGGGUGGAUGGAAUUAGAAGUCUGCUACACCAAGCUGGCUGUAUUAAAGAAACAGACAACCUCCAUGGAAUUGUUAAAUAUUAACUGAAAUUUUUCUCUGCUUAAAUAUGUAUAUGUGAGAAGCUGUGGGCUAUAGAUAUUAUCACUAAAUACUAAAAAAAAUUCACUGACA